CAUCAUUUCGAUUCACAAUCACAAACAGACUUUGUCAAAGCUUCCAUAAAAUUAUCAUUUUUUAGUUAAAGCAAUGGCAUCUCUUGCAACAUUCACACCCACCACCAUUAAGGGUCUUGGUGGCAGUUCUCUAGCUGGAACCAAGCUUAACCUCAAGCCUGCUCGAGCCAGCCUCAAGCCCACAUCAUUCAGAGCUGGUGCUGUGGUGGCUAAAUAUGGUGACAAAAGUGUCUACUUUGAUUUGGAAGACUUGGGCAACACUACUGGUGAAUGGGAUGUCUAUGGUUCAGAUGCUCCUUCUCCUUACAACCCACUUCAGAGCAAGUUUUUCGAGACAUUCGCUGCACCUUUUACCAAGAGAGGAUUGCUACUCAAGUUUUUGAUAUUGGGAGGUGGAUCAACCCUUGCUUACUUCAGCGCCACCGCUACAGGAGAUGUGUUGCCGAUUGUGAAGGGCCCACAACAGAAACCAAAGCUUGGUCCACGUGGCAAAAUCUAAUCUGAUCAACAACAAGAAACAAUUUAGUAUGUGUUAAAUGUAUCUUUGCCACACUUUGUAAGUAUGUUUGGUUCCUUUUUCAAGACUUAUAUUUCAAGCAUUGGUGCUACUUCUUACAA